AUGUUGAAACGAAGUUUGCAAUACGCUGCUUUGUUUUCUUUAUCGGCCACUGCUUCUUUCUUGUACAGCUCGAUGAAAGAUGCCGACUCACCCCUAUAUCCACAUGUAUUUAUGCCCAUUCUACAACGAUUGGAUGCCGAGGAUGCCCAUAAUCUUUCGAAAUUCAUGCUAAAAUGGGGACUCGGACCUGUCGAUCGUUCCACCAAACAUCAUCACCAACAUCAACAACAUCCUCUCACACCAAUGAUGAAUUUACAAACACAAGUAUUCGGAAAAUAUUUUGAAAAUCCAAUUGGUUUAGCUGCUGGAUUUGAUAAAGACUCUGAAUGUAUGGAAGCCAUUGAACAAUUAGGAUUUGGAUUUAUGGAAGUCGGAAGUGUAUGUCCCAAUCCUCAAGAGGGAAAUCCUAGACCAAGAAUUUUCAGAGUUAAAUCUCAAAUUGGAUCCGAACAAGAAUUUGAUGCCAUCAUUAAUCGAUGUGGAUUUAAUAGUAAAGGAAUUCAUGUCACACAAGAACAUUUACAAGACUAUAGAGAACUUAAAAAAUCAUCUUUUCAUGUGGGUGUUAAUUUAGGAAAAAACAAAUCGAGUCCACCUGACAGCAUUCAAGAUUAUUUGAUUGGAAUUCAAAAAUUAGCAAAAUAUGCUGAUUUCAUAGUGAUUAAUGUGAGUUCUCCCAACACUCAACAUCUCAGAUCCCUACAAGAAAAACAUGCUCUUGAUCAAUUAUUAGAACAAGUCUCGAUGGAACUCAGAAAAGAAUCACAAAUACCUCUUCUCAUCAAGAUUGCUCCUGAUUUGACUUUGGAUCAACAACGAGAUGUUGCUACUCUUGUUUUAAAACACAACAUUGAUGGAAUUGUAGUUUCAAAUACAACCAUAGAGAGACCAUUCCUUUCAAAGGAUCAUGAUGGAUCAACAUCAGCAUCUACUAGUACUACUACAACUACCAUGGGAACAUCUACUACUACAACAUCUACCAUGGGAACAUCUACUAUUACGGGAGGAUUGAGUGGUCGACCUUUAUUUUCAAAAUCCACCAAAGUUCUUAAAAACAUGUACAAACUCACAGAUGGAAAGGUCACAUUGAUUGGUGUGGGUGGUGUUUGGGAUGGAUAUGAUGCUUUACAAAAGAUUGAAGCUGGAGCUUCACUCGUUCAAGUGUAUACAGCUUUUACUGCUCAAGGUCCUGCAGUGGUUGGUAAAAUUAAGAGAGAAUUAUCACAACUCUUGAAAGAACGAGGUUAUAAGGGUGUUUCAGAUGCUGUUGGAGCAAAGGCUAAAUUUUCAAAAUUGGAAGAAUAA